GUCUCUCCCGCUGCGCGCACACUGCACGCACGGCGAAAGUGGAGUGAAGAUGCUUGUCCCCCCUCGACCGGCAGCCCAGUCCGCCAGCCGUCCUCUUGUCCCCCAGUCUGUUUUUCUGCUGCCAGCCCGUCACGCUGCCUCUGCGCCCGCUUUACGCAAGGAAUCCGGAGCGGCAGCCGGAGGAGGCGAAGGGAGACGCGAGGGUUCCGGAGAGCCGUCACCUCUAUAGCGCAUCAGUGGGGAGCUAUGGAUGCGCGGACCAAAGGACGCUUUCUCUUCGCCGUGGGCCUCCUGUGUGGGUUUUGCUGGCCGGCAUCAGUCACCUCCAAAGGCACCCCGGCCGGCCAGGCCGACACGCUGCCCUCAGCCCAGGGCACGCUGCCACACUUCAUCCAGGAGCCAGAGGACGCCUACAUCGUGAAAAGCAAUCCCAUCAAGCUGCGCUGCCGAGCCACACCCGCCUUACAGAUCUUCUUCAAAUGCAACGGGGAAUGGGUGCACCAGAACGAACAUACUUCCCAGGAGUAUAAAGACCUCAACAGCGGGCUGAAGGUGCGUGAGGUCAUGAUCAAUGUGUCCCGCCAGCAGGUGGAGGACUUCCACGGCCCCGAGGACUACUGGUGUCUCUGUGUGGCCUGGAGCCACCUUGGCACCUCCAAGAGCCGGAAGGCCACGGUCCGCAUUGCCUAUUUGAGGAAAAACUUUGAGCAGGACCCCCAGGGGAAGGAGGUGCCCAUCAAUGGGAUGAUCGUUCUGCAUUGUCGCCCUCCAGAGGGCGUGCCAGCAGCCGAGGUGGAAUGGCUGAAAAACGACGAGCUGGUGAGUUCACUGACCGACGGCAAGGUGGACCCUCGGGCCGACUACAGCCUCAUCAUCAACGAGGCGCGCUUGUCCGACUCUGGCAACUACACGUGUCUGGCCAGCAACAUCGUGGCGAAGCGUCGCAGCGCCACGGCGCCCGUGGUCGUCUACGUGAACGGCGGCUGGUCGCUGUGGACCGAGUGGUCGGCGUGCAACGUGCCGUGUGGGCGGGGCAUCCAGAAGCGCUCCAGGACCUGCACCAACCCGGCGCCGCUGAACGGGGGCGCGUUCUGCGAGGGCGUGUCCGUGCAGAAGAUCACCUGCAACGCGCUCUGCCCAAUCGACGGCGGCUGGGACGAGUGGAGCGAGUGGACGGUGUGCAGCAGCCAGUGCGAACGGCAGCGGAGUCGGGAAUGCAGCUCCCCGGCGCCCAGACACCGAGGCAAAACGUGCGAAGGGAGCAGCAAGGCGACCGAGAACUGCACAGACGGACUGUGCACCCAGAAUCGAAAGCUGCUACAUGAUGUUAAACCUCAAAACAUGGAGAGCUCCAUCGACGUGGCUCUGUACUCGGGUCUCGGAGCAGGAAUCGUUGCCGUGGUAAUCCUGGUUGUAGCCGUCAUGUUGUACAGGAAGAACCACAGCGACUACGGUGUUGAUGUCAUUGACUCUUCAGCUCUCACUGGGGGUUUCCAGUCCUUCAACUUCAAGACAACCAGACAAGGCAACCCGCUGCUUCUCAACUCCUCGAUGCCGCCCGACAUGACGGUGGGACGGACGUACAGCACGCCGCUCUGCUUCCACGACGGCGCCGACAAGGAGCUCUUUGACCCGCUGCCGGACAUCAAAGUCAAAGUCCAGAGCUCCUUCAUGGUGUCCCUGGGCGUGGCUGAGCGCGCCGAGUUCCACGCCAAAGCGCCUGGCGAGUCUUACCCACAGGAUCUCAGCUGUGACUUCUGUAGCACUGUGGACAAACGCAAGAAGGGCCUCCUGACGCUCAACGGGCCCCUGAGUGGCAGCAGAGAGCAGCUGAGGACCAGCGGCGUGUUCGGCCAUGUUGGAGGCCGGCUGGUGGUGCCCAACACAGGGGUCAGCCUCCUUGUGCCUCACGGAGCCGUGGCUGAAAAUAUGUCCUGGGAGAUGUGCAUGGUCAUCAAUCAGGGCGAGGCAAGCGUCCAGACACUUGAAGGCUGUGAAAUCCUCCUGGGCCCGGAGGUGACAUACGGUCCUUCGGGCCUGGAUCUCUUUUGCCCGGUUGCCAUGACCGUCGCCCACUGUGCAGAGGUGGACGCAGAGAACUGGAACAUUCAGCUCAAGAGGAAAACCCAGGACGGCAAAUGGGAGGAAGUGAUGUCGGUGGAAGAGGAGUCCACUUCCUGUUACUGCCUGAUGGAUUCCAGCAGCUGCCACCUGCUGCUGGACCAGCCAGGCUCGUACGCGCUGGUGGGCGAGCCGCUGACGCAGGCGGCCGUGAAGAGGCUGAAGCUGGCCGUGUUUGGGAGCGUGGAGGCGGGCGCCCUGAACUACAGCCUGCGGGUGUACUGUGUGGACGACACGCCGCAUGCCUUUCAGGGAGUGGUGGCCGCCGAGACGUCCAGAGGGGGUCAGCUCCUCGAGGAGCCAAAGACGUUGCCUUUCAGAGCGAACACCUUCAGCCUCCAGGUGUCGAUCCAGGACAUCCCCCAGUUCCUGUGGAGCAUCAAACCCUUUACCACAUGUCAGGAAUUCUCCUUCCCUCAAGUGUGGUGCAGCAACCAGCAGCCCCUGCACUGUGCCUUCCAGCUGGAGAGAUACAGCCCCGCCGCCGCCCAGCUCUCCUGCAAAAUCAGCGUGCGACAGGUCAAAGGUCACGAGCAGAUCCUGCAGGUCUACACGGCCGUGGCCGAGGGUGAGAAAGAGCCGGUUCCGUUUUUUAUGCAGACAGACUGCACGGUCACAUCCCAAACGGGGCCCAAGGCCUUCAAAAUCCCGCUGUCCAUCCGCCAAAGGAUCUGCGCCACCUUUGACACUGCCAACGCCAAGGGCAAGGACUGGCAACUCUUAGCCCAGAAACUCCACCUGGACCGUAACCUGGGCUACUUCGCCAAGCAUCGCAGUCCCUCCGCUGUCAUCCUGAGCCUGUGGGAAGCUCGUCACCAGGACUCUGCCGACCUUGACUCUUUGGCCAGCGCCUUGGAGGAAAUUGGCAAAAUCCACUCCAGAAGCUCCCCAAAAGACCCGGACGAAGCGGAGCCUGACCUCAAUCACAUAGAAGCGGGCGGCCUUUAUGGCACAGCCAAUCCUGUGGCGGUUCCGGAGGGCGAGGACUGCGCUCCUGAAUACACGGGCUGAGAGAAAAGGUCGGCCGGCUCUAACUGGCAGAGCAGCGCGCGUGUGCGUGGGUCGCACGACCGCUGACGGACGUGGCGCUGCCCCUGCGGCGCGUCGGGAGGUUGUCUGUGAGCGGACAGUGGCAGCGGUCAGCGGGCCGAGGUGAACCAGCUCCUGCUGUGGAUCUGCCCUUGAGUUUUAACGGAUCUGUGGACUGACUGUAAAUCUUUAUCGGCCUUUCCUCAGUUAUUUGUUUGGUUUGGUUUUUUUCCAGCUCUUUGCUUUAAGUUUGUCUGUUGAGCUUUUAUUACUUUUGACUUUUGCUCAAAAUAUAAGGGACACUUUAUUUCUUUUAGUUUUUAUUUUCAAACACACCCUCUCCUUUUUAUCUCCACAAUGACGUUUCGUAGGUCCAUCCUUUUAUUGUUUUUUUUUAAGCAGAAUAUUACUAACAUUGUUGUGAAAGUGAACUUUAAAAGCCAGAUAUUCAAAAGUGAUUCAUUUUCAUAUUCGUAAAAAAAACUGUAAAACGUCUGAAAACCCUACGUUUGAUUUAUCAUUUCCACCAAAACAGCAAUGUCAGUAUUUAAGCUGGAGACGGAUGAAAACAAUAGAAAGACCUGUGAUAAUGUGUAUGAAGAGGUUUGUUCACUGGGCUGUUACAGUUUGGGAGGAAACUGGAGAUCAUCAUUUCCUGUCUGGGGCAUCUUAUCACCUAAUUACCACCAUGCGCUCCCACAGUGAACCUCAUAUCAGGCACUGACAUGUUUCGACCAAACCACCCAGAAAACACACACACACACACACUUUGUGACUUGAGAGGCCGUGUGUGAAUACUGUGUGACAGUGGAAUUCAUUACUCACAAAUGCAUUAAAGUCACAACAGCUUUAAGGUUUCAGAAACUAAAGAGGUUUUUAGUUUUUCGUUUAAAAAUGGCUCUAAUGUAUAAAAACACCAAAUCCAGAUGACAGAAAGAAGGAUGCAUUUGACUGAUUCCUGGUGCACAAUUAACAGUGGAACUCAUGGGGAUCUGUAACGUGUACUGACAAAUUGGCAACAUGCCCAUCUACACAAUUCUGCUCAAUUCUCAUCACCCUUAACUGCUACAUCUGGGUUUUCUCCCAUUCAAUUUGAUUUCUCUGGCAGAAUUUUUCUUUGACUAGCACUAGAAAUUUGAUAAAUGACAUCAUUGUUCACGACUUCGCCUUCUGUUUGCUGAUUGACCCUGUAGUUUUGACAAUGGCAGUUGAGGAAGUCAACGAAACCAUUCAGUCCGUGUUAGCCACGCCUCUAAAUAUUUAAUUAGAAUUAACAGCCAUCUGGUUCUUCCCAGCUCUCCUCACAGCAGAGGAUGGUUGUUUAUGGCGCAGGUAGUUUCUGGUGCAAACGUUAGCAAUCAGGUGAAAUUUACAACUUCAGCAGAGCUGCAUGCCUCCAGCAAGCGAUUGUUUCACAAUAGCCGAGAUUCCAGACACUCUGUACAAAGUAAAGCGUAGAGGCUGGUGUUUAUUAGAAGUUAUUGAGUUCCUUACUUCUUGUUAUUUUGCAUAAGGUUGAAGGUCCAACAGCUAAUGCAACUUAUUGCCUUGUUUUAUUUAAAAGAGAGAAACAUUUCUGUUCAGUUUAAAGUAGAUGAAGAUUUCAAAGUAAUCCCCAUUUUUUUGUGAAUCCACCAUGUUUUGAUCCACAGUUUUCCUUUCUGUACCUGCAGUUAUGAUGUUUUGUCUAAGAAAGUUGAAAGAAACCUAACCUUUGAAGUUUCUUUCUUUAUGUUGUUGUACCAAACAUUAUGCUUAAGCCCCCAAAACUCAGCAGUUUCCCAGUGUCAGCCGUGCUCAUGUAGAUCUAGUCUUAUUUUGAUAUUUUUUAUGCUACCGUUGUAUUCUCCUGCUGACCAGCAGAAUCAUUUCACUACUUGCUUUCUUUUUUCAAAUGAAGGUAAGCUUUGUUCUAAUGUCAACAGUGAAUGUUGUGAAGCCACUACCCAAAACUUCACUUCUCCUACAGAUGGGCUAGUUGUGACUAUAAUUUCCAUAUAUAUAUAUAUAUAUAUAUAUAUAUAAUGGGUGAUAGUUUGAAGCCGAUAGGAACAUUUGGAUUUGUCCAACGAUCCACAGCCAGAUUAAAUGUGAGCUGAUCCAGCAGUUUCACCAGAAUCUCGCCUCACACCUGUGUGACAUCAGCAGGUUUUUGCUGAACCUUUUAUAGUUCAACUAAAAUGAUACUUUGAAUUUUUCAAGAGGUCCUAUGAAGUUGUUCUCAGUAACAAUUCUCUUAACUGGGGGUUUCAUCCAUGGGGUUGGAUUAUCUCCCCCAUGUUGGUUGUAAAAUCAAACUACAAAAUUUCAUAUCAACGGCAUAUUAGGUGGGGUCACCCUUUCAUAGGAAAAAAACCUGUGGUAGGUUCAUCAAUUUUUUUCAGCUAACAUUCAUGUUGUGACGCUAAGCUUAAGCUAGCUAGAGACUACCAACUGGUAGUCAUUACUCCACCAGGAAAAGGCCGGGGAAAGCACAGCCACAGCCCAUCUUCUAAGGCAUUCCACUAUCAACAGCCUGCUGAAAAACACUUUUGCCGUACUUGAAGUGUAUCGAUACACCCAGCGGCAUCAACCAACACAGCUUUAGCGUAGCAUAGUGGCAACUUAUCAUCAUCCACCAGUGACAGCUUGGUUUUUAUCCACAUCAUCCUCUUCGGUUGUAGUUCGAAACUAAAAAGAAAAAUACAAAUCAGUCAAGCUAGCGUUAGCAUUUUGUUUUUGUUUAUUACUCUGUUUAAAUUGUAUAAGUCAUGACAAAAAUGAACUGAAUGAAACAGCAAGAGUUAUUUUGACUUAUUACAAAUUUCAAUAAAAAAUCAGAAAACAAACCACAAUAGAAAUCAAAGACGGAAGAAACACAUUUUCUUUGGACUUUCAUUUACAUGACAAUGAAUGAGGCGUCUCCAUUUUUCCCCUCAGCUAAGAUCAGUUAUUGAUUACAAACUUUUAACCGAUUUUUUUUUUUUUUUUUUUCUUCACUCACAUCAACAUGUCCUGUGGCUAUUGCUGUUGUUUUAUUGCUUAUUUUUCCAGUGAAAACGGCUCAUGUGUGUUAUGGAAAUGUACCUGAGCUUCUCACCAGGUGUUGCUUUGAACACAUCGAAUUAUUUCUGACCUGCUACUGUACAUUUGAGUGGUUGUCCUGCUGUGCUGGUGAAAUCUCUCCAGUUUUCCCGAAUCAUCUCUAUGCAUUUUAAACAGAUUAUAGAACUCCUGUAUAAUUUAAGUGAAAAGUGUGUCGUUGGUGUUUUCUUUCCUUCCCUUCAAUCAACUGUGACUGAUUUUUGUUAUUCCUGCGGGAUUAAAAGAGAGUUUCUGUAGGAGCCAAGCUGCUGUUGCAUCGAGCGUCCAUGCCUCCAUGUCUCCUGUCACACUGUGCAUCCCCCCCACCGGCCUGGACGUGUCCCUGUGACGUCUGCUGUGUCUCAUUAUAACCUGAAGGUGAUGCACACAUCCUCACUGUGUCUAACCCUGUGGUGUCGGAUAUAAUCCUGUUUCAUGGGAGGAAAAAUUCACUGUCGUGUCAGCGGAGUUGGUUGGCCCCAUGCUCUUCGUUGCUACACGCAUGGCCUUCGGCUUCAUAUCACUAUUCUUGUGCCUUGUUUACCUACUGUAAAUGGUGAAUGUUGUAAAGUACAGGUGAUGGGAAGAACAACAACAACAACAACAAAAAGAGAACUAAUAAUCACGCUGGCAUACAUUUAAAGGUAUUAGUUGAAAAAGUAUUUAAUAUUAUAACAUUGAAUAGGCUGCAGAGCUUUUCUAGUGCUGAACAUCUAUGUUUGGUAACGCCAGGGCAGCUUUGUGGUACACUGUAUCUAUAAUUCCGGACAUUUUGGAUGUUUUCUGUACAGUAGAAUUUGCAAAUGUAUAUGCAGCCUUUUGGAAAUAAAUGUACAGCUGAAAGAUCA